AGGAUAGGCUAUGACAUAUGCUCCAUGUAUAGCAAGUAGAGCAGAUGUAGUUGGUUGUAAAAAAAUUAUUUGAUGAAUUAAUUUCAUCUCUUUCGACAUUAACUUUUAUGUAAGUUUUGAAUUUGAUUAAUAAGAAGAAGAAUGCUGCCCUGUCCCACUGUCCAAUCCAUUACCAUGGAAUUAAAAAGCUUGGAUAUAAUUUGGUUGACAAAGUGAAUUAAGUUCCGGCUCUUUUUGAGUUUUGAGUCUUUGACCAACGACCUGGCUUCACGUCCAUUUAGAUAUAUAUUAAGAUGAAUACAGAGAGGAGAUGACUGCGCUUUAAGAAAUAUCAAAGCCAAUAACAUUUUUUUAUAUUGUGAAAUGUGCUUUGAACAGCUCACACACACAGACAUCAGCACCUAGAUCACAUAAUUUCCAAUAGUUUAAAGCUCCCCACAAAAUCAAAUCCCAGAGAGCUGGUGCUUUGCGGUGAAAAUUGGGUUGAAAUUAUUAAUUUCUUAGUAAAGCAGAAGCAGAAGAAGAGGCUAAAGCAAAAGCAGCUGACUAUUUGGAUUAAGAAGUAGGAAAGAACAUUUUGGAGAAGCUGUGAUAACAUGGCGGAAGAGAAUGGGGUGCAGUUGGGUGGUUUGCAUGUAAACGAUGCAGGCACAUCAAAAGGCCCUCCUCCCGUUGAAGAAGAAAACAACUCUGAAGAGAAAAAACCAGAUGAGAAGGUUCCAUUUUUCAAGUUGUUCUCAUUUGCAGAUAAAACUGAUAUCAUCUUGAUGAUCCUCGGAAUUAUUGGUGGCAUUGGGAAUGGCUCAUGUCUGCCCAUUAUGACAAUACUCUUUGGAGACAUGAUUAAUUCAUUUGGAAGCAACCAAAGCAACAAAGACAUAGUUGAUAUCAUUUCCAAGGUCUCUCUAAAAUUUGUCUAUUUGGCAGCGGGGGCUCUUUUUGCUGCAUUUCUUCAGGUGGCAUGCUGGAUGAUCACAGGGGAGAGACAAGCUGCACGAAUUCGUAACUUAUAUUUGAAAACCAUAUUGCGACAGGAUAUUGCUUUCUUUGAUAGGGACACAAACACCGGAGAGGUUGUUGGAAGAAUGUCCGGUGACACUGUUCUCAUUCAAGAUGCCAUGGGUGAGAAGGUUGGGAAAUUUAUACAGCUGAUAUCGACAUUCAUUGGAGGCUUUAUAAUAGCAUUUAUCAAAGGGUGGCUUCUCACCCUUGUCAUGUUAUCUGCUAUUCCUCUUAUAGUGGCAGCUGGUGCAUCUAUGGCCAUAAUCAUAGCCAAGACAGCAUCCCGUGGACAAACUGCUUAUGCACAAGCAGCUAAUAUAGUUGAACAAACAGUUGGCUCUAUCCGAACAGUUGCAUCAUUUACUGGGGAGAAACAAGCAAUAGCAAAGUACAAAACGUUUCUUUCAAGCGCUUACAAAUCUGGUGUUCAAGAAGGCACAGCUACUGGAGCCGGUCUUGGAAUUCUCAUGUUUGUCUUCUUCGGUGCCUAUGGUUUGGCUAUAUGGUUUGGUUCAAGGUUGAUAAGGGAUAAUGGUUACAAUGGAGGUGUAGUGAUAAAUGUGAUUAUUGCUGUAUUGACGGGAUCUAUGUCCUUGGGACAGGCAUCUCCUUGCUUGAGUGCAUUUGCUGCUGGUCAAGCUGCAGCAUUUAAAAUGUUUGAGACUAUCAAAAGGAAGCCAGAGAUAGAUGCUUAUGACUUCAGAGGAAAGAAAUUGGAUGACAUUCGUGGAGACAUAGAAUUAAAGGAUGUUUAUUUCAGCUAUCCAGCCAGACCAGAUGAGCAAAUAUUCAGAGGAUUUUCUCUUUAUAUCUCUAGUGGCAAAACUACUGCUUUGGUCGGACAAAGUGGAAGUGGGAAGUCAACAGUGAUAAGUCUGAUUGAGAGAUUCUAUGAUCCACUAGCUGGUGAAGUUAGGAUAGAUGGCAUCAACUUAAAAGAGUUUCAGGUUAAAUGGAUUCGAGGUAAAAUCGGUCUUGUCAGUCAGGAACCAGUAUUGUUUGCAUCCAGCAUCAAGGAUAAUAUUGCCUAUGGAAAGGAAGGCUCAACCAUUGAAGAGAUCAGGGCAGCAGCUGAACUUGCAAAUGCAGCCAAGUUCAUCGAUAAAUUGCCCCAGGGACUUGAUACCAUGGUCGGUGAGCAUGGAACCCAGCUCUCUGGUGGUCAAAAGCAGAGAGUUGCAAUAGCACGGGCAAUUUUGAAAGAUCCGCGUAUUUUACUUCUGGAUGAAGCUACAAGUGCGCUAGAUGUAGAAUCUGAAAGGAUAGUGCAAGAAGCAUUGGACAGAAUUAUGGUAAACCGGACUACUGUUGUUGUUGCUCAUCGUUUGAGCACCGUGAGGAAUGCUGAUAUGAUUGCUGUCAUUCAUAGAGGAAAGAUGGUUGAGAAAGGCUCACAUUCAGAAUUGCUCAAGGAUCCUGAUGGACCUUACUCUCAGCUUAUACGCAUGCAAGAAGCAACCAGGGAGUCAGAAAAUCAGAACAGAUCCGAAAUAACAACUAUGGAGUCUCUCAGACAGUCAAGUCAAAGAGAGUCUUUUAGACAGUCGAGCCAAAAAAUGUCAUUCUUGCGAUCCUUAAGUCGGGGAUCAUCUGUAGGAAAUAGCAGCCGUCACUCAUUCUCCAUGUCAUUUGGUAUACCAACAGGAAUUGGCAUCCAUGACACUACUUUGACGGAGCCAGAAGACCCAGCACUAGCAGCACAACGACUCCCCAAUGUCUCAUUGCGCCGCCUUGCCUAUCUCAACAAACCGGAGAUACCAGUAAUUCUAAUUGGAACUGUAGCAGCUAUCAUCAGCGGUGUUAUACUUCCAAUAUUUGGACUGCUUAUUUCCAGUGUAAUAAACAUGUUUUACAAACCGCCUGAUGAGCAAAAGAAAGAUUCAGAGUUUUGGGCACUAAUGUUUAUGGGCCUUGGUCUCACAGCAUUUGUGGCAAUCCCUUCACAAGGAUACUUCUUUGCCGUAGCUGGAUCCAAGUUAAUCAGACGUAUCAGACUGAUGUGUUUUGAGAAAGUGGUUCACAUGGAAGUUGGAUGGUUUGAUGAGCCUGAGAACUCAAGCGGUGCAAUUGGUGCGAGGCUCUCAACAGAUGCAGCAACACUGCGUGCCUUGGUUGGAGAUGCACUGUCACAGAUGGUUCAAAACAUUGCAGGAGCAGUUGCAGGUCUGGUCAUUGCUUUUGUUGCAAGUUGGCAGCUGGCAUUCAUCAUCCUUGUCUUGCUUCCUCUAAUUGGAGUUAAUGGAUAUGUUCAGAUUAAGUUCAUGAAAGGAUUCAGUGCAGACGCAAAGACGAAGUAUGAGGAAGCCAGCCAAGUCGCUACCGAUGCAGUUGGGAGUAUAAGAACUGUGGCUUCUUUCUGUGCUGAGGAGAAGGUGAUGGAACUAUACAAAAAUAAAUGCAAAGGCCCGGAGAAGGCAGGGAUGAGGCAAGGGUUGAUCAGUGGAAUAGGAUUUGGGGUGUCUUUCUUCUUGCUUUUCAACGUGUAUGCAACAAGUUUUUAUGCUGGAGCUCAGCUCAUUGAAUCUGGGAAAACCACAUUUUCAGAUGUUUUUAGAGUUUUCUUUGCAUUGACAAUGGCAGCAAUGGGAAUUUCUCAAACAAGUUCUAUGGCUCCUGAUUCUAGCAAAGCCAAGGUUGCAGCUGCAUCCAUAUUUUCAAUGAUAGACAGGGAGUCGAAGAUAGACCCAAGCGAUGAGUCAGGAACAACAUUAGAUAAUGUGAAGGGAGAAAUUCAGCUUCGCCAUAUUAGCUUCACGUAUCCAUCAAGGCCAGAUACUCAGAUUUUCCGGGACCUCAGUUUAACUAUUCAUUCUGGAAAGACAGUUGCCCUGGUGGGAGAGAGUGGAAGCGGGAAAUCCACAGUGGUAGCAUUGUUGCAAAGAUUUUAUGAUCCGGAUUCAGGACAGAUAACAUUGGACGGAAUAGAACUUGAUAAGUUCAAGUUGAAGUGGCUGAGGCAGCAGAUGGGGUUGGUGGGCCAAGAACCGGUGUUAUUCAACGAAACCAUCCGCGCCAACAUAGCAUAUGGAAAGGAAGGGAAUGCAACAGAGGCAGAGAUUGAGGAAGCAGCCAAGUUGGCCAAUGCUCACAACUUCAUCAGUGGCUUACACGAGGGAUACGACACCAUGGUUGGGGAACGAGGAGUGCAAUUGUCGGGAGGGCAGAAGCAGAGGGUAGCCAUUGCACGUGCCAUCAUAAAGAGUCCCAGAAUACUGUUGCUGGACGAGGCAACCAGUGCACUGGAUGCUGAAUCGGAGAAAGUGGUUCAGGAUGCAUUGGACCGAGUCAUGGUCAGCCGGACCACCGUGGUGGUGGCCCACCGCCUCUCCACCAUCAAGAACGCUGACUUGAUCGCCGUCGUCAAGAAUGGAGUCAUCGUUGAGAAAGGCAGGCAUGACACUUUGAUUCACAAAACCGAUGGCUUUUACGCCUCCUUAGUUGCCCUUCACACUUCCGCAGCUGCCACUAAAUAAAAAGGCACCAACUAAAGCAGCGACCAUAACCUCCUUUUUCUUUCUUUUACGUUCUAUCCUAUUCUCAUUCCCAUUGUAAUAUUCUUUGCUAUCCCACUCCUACUCACGCGUGGCUAAAUUUUUUGUCAAUUCCAUAAAUAGAAGAAAUAAAUUUGUCGAUUAGAAAUAAAACGCUAAAAUUACUACUUGGAAAUGCAUGCGGCCCGUGUCUUGUUGA